CCAUGCUGAAAACCUCUAAAUCACCUCUAGUGAGAGCUGAACUUCAAUCUGGAUUUCUAACUGCCCAUAGGACAUUUCCACUUGGAUACCGUGUUGUCAUUUCAAGAGAUGCCCUUUCAAGUUUGUCUUCUGGGUUCUAAGUUAAGAACCUUUAAAUUCUUCAUUCUUUCCUUUCCAUCACUGACUCAAUUUUACACCUUUCUUCUUACUGUUGUUGCCACUGAAGUCCAGACCCAUGUCACCUCAAAGCCAGGUGACUAGGUGGUCUCCUAUUUGUUCUCCCAGUCUCCAGUCACUAACCCCUUCAAAUCCUUCCUACCAAAUCUUAUGCUGGGCACACAGAAGGUGUCCCAUAUAUGUAAGUGAAUACUGUGAAGACCACCUCCAUCAGUUCAGUAUAUAAGGCUGGAUUUCAUUCUACAGAUGAUUCAACUAAGGCCCUGAGGUUAAGUGAGGCCUUAAGACGCUGGCAGAAAGUUCUGGGGAAACAUACCCAGCACAAGGCUCUUAUAUCAGAACUAGGGGGCGGGCUGUCGACCUGCCCCAGUACAGUCUAGUUUCCUGUCCUUAUUCUUAAACGUAAGAGCGCGUUAACAGUCACCUAAGGCUCACCCCUGGAUUUCCGAUUCGGUAGGGUGGGCCGGGGAGUUCACAUUUGAAAUGAGUCUUCCGCCCCAUGGUGAUGCAGGCGACCAGGGGGCCGCACCCUGAGAGGCAGCUGAGAAUUGGUUGACUUCACAAACGGCCUCCAGCCGUCCACCUCGGCCGCCACCAACGCCCAGGCUCCGGGCGGACCCAUCUCUGCCGCCGUCCGCCUGCCACACCCGGGGCAGGCUGCGGGCAGACUUCGGUCGUGUAGACCGGGGACUGAGGUGCCAUGACCAGCCACUACCUGGCUUCCACUUUGGCCAGCCACAGACACCCGUGAGGACCCAAGACUCCGGGACCCAGGAGCCUGUAACGCGGCCGCCCAUUGGCUCAGCUUGGCACUGCGGGGCCGGGGCACAUACAAAGGCUUGGAAGAUUGGCUGAAGCUCCAGGCGCUGCGGCCAAUUGGCGGAUAGGAUCGCGUUCUAGGGGGCGGUUUCCGCCUGGGCCCCGCCUCUUCCUGCGGCUCACUUUCUCCCCAUCCGGUUCCGUCGGCCGCGCACCUGGAGGUGCAUUGGACUCGUCUCUCUUUUCACCUGCGCCGGGUUGAAUAAUCCUAGCUGCCAUCCUGGAUCACUCCCCCUCUACCUCGCCAGUGACCUGUUGCUCCAAAGCUGAAUAUGGGGCAAGAGGGGAGAGCCGGAGCGCUGCUGUCCUUGGAGCCUGCAGUGGUGGCAGGAAGCCACACGGCCACAACUGUGAGUCUUGGUCGCUGCGCAGACUCCAGGAGAGCAUGACUGACGAUGCAGCCAGGACCUUGGGGAGAGGGAGCGCCCCCCCAGGGCCUGUCCCAGAGGGCCUGAUCCGCCUCUACAGCAUGAGGUUCUGCCCCUACGCGCACAGGACGCGCCUGGUCCUCCAGGCCAAAGGCAUCAGACAUGAAGUUAUCAACAUUAACCUGAGAAACAAGCCUGAAUGGUACUUUACAAAGCACCCUUUUGGCAAAAUUCCUGUCCUGGAGAACAGCAAAUGUCAACUGAUCUAUGAAUCUGUCAUUGCUUGUGAGUACCUGGAUGACGCUUAUCCUGGAAGGAAGCUGUAUCCAUGUGACUCUUAUGAGCGAGCUCGCCAAAAGAUGUUAUUGGACCUAUUCUAUAAGGUCCCACAUUUGACCAAGGAGUGUCUGAUAGCAUCGAGAUGUGGGAGAGAAUGCGCUGAUCUGAAGCUAGCGCUGCGUCAGGAGUUCUGCAACCUGGAAGAGAUUCUUGGCUAUCAGAACACAGUCUUCUUCGGUGGUGACUGUAUAUCCAUGAUUGAUUACCUCUUUUGGCCUUGGUUUGAGCGGCUGGAUGUAUAUGGAAUAGCUGACUGUGUGAACCACACCCCCGCGCUCCGGCUCUGGAUCGCAGCCAUGAAGCAGGACCCCACAGUAUGUGCUCUUCUCAUAGAUAAGAACAUCUUCCUCGGCUUCUUGAAUCUCUAUUUUCAGAACAACCCCGAUGCCUUUGACUAUGGGCUAAGUUGCUGAGCCUUGCAGUCCACCCAUUCACCACCCAGAAUUCCCAAGCAUGUCGUGAUUCUGCAUCAGCACUUGUUUGGGUGGGGCAGUCAAUCUCUGUUCAUUUUUUUUGAGGUUCCCAAUAAACAUGGAGACAGAA